CAUGGAGUAUUUCGCUGCGUAUCCACCGAUCGCAAAAUCAUUACGGACGGACAGAUCGUCGUUAAUAUGGUGUUGCGUCCACCUGCAUAAUAUUUCUCGCACCUGUAGCCCGCAGCCGGGAUUUCGAUGUGCUUUUGCAACCGAGAAGGAUUAUAUUGCAGUGUUUAUAUUAACACUGUCUCAACGAUUUGAGAAUGCUACAAAAGAUUCUCGUAGUGGCGGUGUUGGUGUUGUGCAUUUCCGCCCCCAGCGUGAAUGCCCUCAGUGCUCUCCAUCCUGACUUCCUAGGGACAAUUGUGGGCUCUAUUACCAUACCAGGGAUCACUACGGGGAAUGUCAACUUUUCCGAUCCAACACAACUUGCCAAGUUCCUUCUGGAUCUUUUACCCGGCAAAAGCCUGGAAGUCUCUUACCCUUGUUAUAAUGACACAAUGACAUGGUUUCUCGAUCUUAUGCAAGGAAAGAUGUACGCCAUAGAAAUGUUGGAUGCCUUUGCCAAAAUUCCAGCAGGGAUAUCCAAAGGUCACAUAUUGUGGAUGGGCGCUUACGACAUGUGUGUCGCAGCGCGGCGCAACGUAACAUAUAUCACCAAAGAAGGAAAAGAGUCCUUUGAUUUAGUACCGGCGGCAAAAUACUGUGUGGUCCGGUUAAACAGUACUCUACUAAGUCAGCUGCCGUCGCUUUUGGCGUUCGCCACGUGUCUGCCGGCCUCAUGCUCAGCAAAAGAUGCUGAUGAAUUACUUAUAAGUCUAAUACAUAUUCUGAACUUAGCCAGCGGAGUAACUGCAGGAAAGGGAACAGCGUGCAGCGACGAAAAAAUUCCCGCGCAAGGUGGAACUACCACAACAUUGAUUAUCAUAGGAAUUAUUGUCCUCGCCUGCAUCUGGUGUACGAUAAUACAUUUUUUCUUCCGCUUAUUUGAUAAACGCUGGUGGAACAUCGAAGAGAUGAACGAAGCAGCCAAAGUUACGUAUGUGUCCAAGAAGCGAAAAAUAGAAGACGAGCUAGACAACAAAGGAUUUGUGCGGGAAGAGCAACCGGACAUCGACAUUGCACUAGAAAACGAAACAUCCUUCGAUCAAACAAACCCUGCACCACAGGAUUCUGCUAAAAUCAAAACCGAAGAAAAAAAGACCUGGAAGAACAAGUAUCCAAUCUAUAUGAAAUUGGUCCUGUGCUUCUCCAUAGUACACAAUGUUAACAAAAUUUUCGCACCGGCCGCACCCGGUCAGCUGAAGUAUCUCGAUGGUAUGCGCGUCAUCAGUAUGUGGUGGGUGAUGUUGGGGCAUAUUUACCAUCUCGGGCAGAGCUUUUUCAAUAACCAAUAUGAAAUUGUGGAUAGCCUUAAAGGAGUUUUGCAACAGAUUCCUUUAAAUGCAUCAUUUGGCAUCGAUACGUUCUUUUUCCUCAGUGGAUUACUUAUUGCAUACACUUUGCUCAAGGAAGUAGAACGUACAAAGAGUUGCUUGCCGCUGGCAUUUUCCUAUCCCAAAAGAAUCUGGAGGUUGACUCCGUUGUACAUGGUUGUGCUGUUGGUUUACCUGUAUAUCGUUCCCUACGUUGUCGGUGGUCCAUACUCGCUUAUUGUGAAGCAAGAAGGAUCGCCAACUGAAUUCUGUAAAAAGUACUGGUGGACAAAUCUUCUCUACAUUAACAACAUCAUUCCCCUCAACAAAAACGAAAUGUGCAUGUCGUGGACCUGGUUUUUAAGCGCGGAUAUGCAACUGUUCAUAAUUACACCCAUAAUUCUCGCCAUCGUAGUCAAGUUACCGAAACUGGGAACGGCCAUAAUGGCUGCGCUGAUAGUUGCAUGCGUGGCUACGAUUAGUUCUCUCGUUUCCUUAUACGGUCUACCUUUGACCGCUUUACAACUUCAUGACCCACUCCCAUCGGCAUACAAAUACGACGAAACUUUUGAAUACUUCUACGACAAGCCAUAUGCCGGUGGCAUCGCAUUUUUUAUGGGAGCCAUGAUGGCGGUGUAUAUGGUGCGCUUCCGUGGAAAGAACGCCGGCUGGUAUCUGCCUGUUUUCAUUUGCGGGUGGGUUCUCUCCAUAAUCGCCGGAGUAUGUUGUGUCAUGGGAUUGUACAUGGGGGGUCUGGAGACCAAAACGGACAUGACUCUGGGAGAGCGAACAGCCUACGCGGCGCUUACCAGACUUGCGUGGUCAUUGUCGAUCGCCUGGGUGGUUUACGCAUGUCAGUACGACUAUGGAAUGGUGGUGCGCAGUUUCCUGUCGCUGCGGAUAUGGACCGUUCUCGGUCGCCUGACCUAUGCCGCGUUCCUCGUGCACUUUCUGAUUCUCCAGAUGUACUACACAAGCCUACGCACGAUGCUGGGCUACACUUGGUACCAGGUGGUUACGAUCUUCUGGUCUCAGGUGGUAUCCGUGUAUCUUGUGGCCUUUAUCGCGGCGCUCUUCGUGGAAAUGCCGCUCAGGAACAUCGAGAAGCUAUUCUGGUUCCGCAGAGUUUAAUGCUUUCACAAUCUGACCAACAUAGUCAAACGCUUGAUAAAUUAUUGUGAUUGUUAUGAAGUACAUGAUCUCGAAAUACUACAUUUCAUUGACUAAGCCUCGAAUAAAACACAAAAGCCGC